UUGUAGCAUUUAGGUUGUUAUUCUUGAAACUAUUAUUUAACAUGUUCCCAAGUUAUAUAGUGUGUAUUUUCCGUGCUACUAUUGCCAAAUAAGUUAGAUUCUGCAUCUGUGUUUUCACGCAAUUUAUGGUUUCUGAAAGCCACUGUUUCUUGUUUAUAGAGAGGCUGCGACUCUAGCUGAGCUGCAAUAUCUGACCUGAAGUUGAUUGAGGAAUGUAUAGCAUUUUGCUUGAUAAUCUGGGAAUUACUUCAUCAGCAUGUUUAUAACUUCUACCAUUACUUCAUUAGUGGUAUUUUCUUUGCUAAUAUUGUGGCCAAAUAAGUUUCACUCUGCGAUUGUGUUUUCACAUGAUUUAUAGUUUCUGAAACCACAGCAUCUUGUAUAUAUUAGAGAGGCUGCAACUCUAGUUGACCUGCAGUAAAUUACUUGAAAAUGGACUAGGAAUGUGUACUGUGUAGCAUCUUACUUGAUAAUGUGGCAAUUAUUUCAUCAACUUGUUUGCAACUUUUUAUCCUUAGUUUGAGUAUUUUCUGUGCUGCAAUUGCCAAAAUAUGGAGGAAAAAAUAAAAAAUGUACUCGUAGAAUUUUUGCUUGAUAUACUGACAACUGCUCUGUCUGCUUGCUUGCAUAAUUGUGUAUUGUGAAUUCUUUUUGCUUGGAAUCAGGACGUUUAUCUGUGAGGAAGAUUUUGGGAGUUUGGAAUUGACAUAAACUAUAUAGUUAUUUGAAUUAACAACUUAAUUGUUUACCAGUGCCUAGUUAGAUGAUUUCCUAGGUUUGGUCAAAAAUUACAAAUGAAAGUGUGGGAGUGAUCUCAAUAAAUCGCAUUUGAUUUUAUUGUCUUGUUAGCUGUCAAAAACGUAUCCAGCUGCAAAAAAUUCAUCUUCUCUUUGGAUUUCUUUUCGCUCACUGACAGAAACAGGUCACGACUAACUAUUAUAGAUAUAAUGAGGUCAAGCAUGUAAUAAAAGCAUAGAUAGCUUUACAGAAUCAUAUUGGAAUAUAUUUUCUGCACCCAAAGAAGGUUGUUCGUAUGAAAUAUUUCAUCAUUCCUCUUCCUGAAACAUCAUAUGCAGCUUCAGUUAAAGUAUCUUGAACAGAGUGGAUAAUAUAGUGCAAAAUAUGAAAAAUUUCAUGAUUCAUGACUUAUUUCUGAAAUAUUUUAGGAUUUCUUUCCAUUGCUUCAGCCAAAGCAACUCAAACCUAGUGGUUUCUUAUUUGUGUAUAUUUUUGUGUCUUUAAAUAUGAGUAAUUAGGUUAUUAGAGGUGACUGACAUUUUCAUGGAGCCAGUUUGAAUCAAGCUGCUGUUACUUUGUAGACAGUGCAUGGAGUCUGCUGGUAAUUCUGCAAUCAAGGUCCAGAAGUCUGAUCAGUCUCAGAUUUGUGGAUAUUUGGGGAAAAGCUGUACUUGUUCAGCAAAUGUUCACAUACAUGCUCAACCUAUGUUACACGAAUCCGGCUAUUGGUGUCAGACACCAUUACACGUCCAAGUGUCAGUCGUGAUUAUAUACUUGGUUGAAAACAAAGUGUCAAGUGUACGCACCUCUAUCAGAGAGUUGAAGAUCUGAGAUGUAUAACAUGUAUUGUUCAACAUAAUGGUUUAAAAAGAUUCAAUCUACUCUUUGAUAUAACUUCUGUCAAUUUUCACAUUAUUUGGUUGUUGUAGUGGUUAGUCAUUGUCAAAACAAAAUUUAUCUGGGUUGUUGUAAUGGUAAUGUCUUACUGAUUAUCUUUAAUUCUAAAUCAUUUACAUAAAUGGUGUACCUGUACCACUCAGGAAAAACCCAACAAAAUACAAAUAGACUGUUAGGUACCUUGUCUUAUUGUAACAUUUAACUUUACCUUGAAGUUUAGAGAUGAAAACUGCAAAUAUAUACAGAUCAACUUUAAGUAACUGUUCCAAGAAAUAUACGUAUUAGGCUUUAUGCAAUUUUCAGCUGUUAAAAGAUACAUUAAGGGUAUGAAAAAGGUUAAGGUGAACUAUUUAGAUAUAAAUCAGUCAUUUUCGUUAAUACUUUGUCUUUACACCAAAGGAUUGGACAUUUCAAGAUUCUGAAUAAGACUAGCAGUUACAUUUCAACAUUCAGAAGAUGGUUUAUAUUAAACAGAGUCAUGAACCUGAGCUGAGCAGGUAGUAUUUCCUUCAACUUGACAGCAUCAUCCUCAGAAAACAAGCCAGAAAGAAAUGGCGAUACUAUGUCUGGAACACCUAUCGAAUUCUGCUAAGAGGUGCAGAUUGUUCUCUUCAAUCUUGAAGGAUCCGUUUUCCAGUUGCUGUAAUUGCAACCAAAGCAGUCUAUCUUGCUCCGUUCCUGAAGAAGAAGAAGAGAAUCCUAUCACAGAUUUCAACGAUGUGCAGGAAGUAGUAGUCUCAAUGAUCCGUAGCCGUGCAAUGGAGGCCAGGUUUAAAAGAAAAGGAAGCAUGCUGAACGAUAACUACUCAUUUGUUCUUCAUCCAAAAUCUGGAGUGCUCUUUGUCAGCAAAGCAAAACAACAGGCACAUGAUGAUCAUUCUGCACAGCAGGAAAACAGUAAAGUUAAUGAAGAAAUGGAUGAUUUUGCAUCUGUCAACAGCCACUUCUCCCCGUGCAUUGCUACUGCUGUUGAUGAUAGUGAAGUUUAUUUCUCGGUGAAAACUGAUUUCUCAUGCUGCUCAACCUUGAAAGACCCGGAUUUAGCUGAAAAUAGGUGGUGGGUUUCAGAAACUUUGGAUAGUUCUGAAGUUAAGAGGCGUGCAAUCAUCCAGGAAGUCUGUCAUUGUGAGGGCUGGCCAUUUGGUCUCUGUCGAAGGGCAUUGUUACUUCCACCUUUGCCAAAAUCCCCCUCAGAAUCUUGGUUAUGGUGUAAGAGCUUUCCAAAAAUCAUGAAGACAAUUUGAUAACCUCCUGAUUAAUAAAUAUUAGCUGACAAACACUGCUGAAAUGCCUGUGGGACUGCAAUUUUGUAUUUGCAGUUAACCUAAAUGUAGUUAAGACACUUGAGGAAUGUCCUUGUAAUAAUAUCAGUACUGCAGAAACUUGACCCCUGUGAGGCACCAGUGUGGCAGAGCAAGAGGCUACUGGUAUUAGCGAGUAAGAAUUCUCAUCACUAAGAAUGUUAAAGUGUUGUAAUAGCACCCAUAUUCAUUUUGAUUUUCAUAGUUCAUAAAAAUUUGUACCACCAAAAAAAAACAAAACAAAAAAACAUAGUGAUAAGUGAAAAUCAGAAACAAAUACACUGGUUUUUACGUAUAAAACCAUGGGGUGUUUUCCAGAAUCCAGAUAGACAAUGUUUCAGAUCAUACCAUGAUGAUAUCAUUGAUAUGCAGCUCCAACUUAGGUUCUUUACUAAGGAUGCAUACAAUCCAAUCCCCGGAAAAUUUAAGUAUUUCACAACUGCUGUCCUCUUUUCUCAACAUAUGAGCCAGAAAUUCCAGAAGUUUUUCAAGAAUUGUGACUGUGACUUACUUAGGCCCAGUUAACUUCUCCUUAAAAAAAUAUAUUCAGUAAAAAUAG